AUGGCUGGAAAAACACAUAAUUCGAACGAUUAUGAAAUAGAAACGUCUGAAAAUAACCAAUCAUCAAGUUUAGAUGAAUUUCGAGAAAUGGUGGAUGUUGCACUUAAUUUAGAUAUGUCCACUGACACAAAUAAUGAUAAAACAUCUGUUGAUGAACAAAGUAUUAAUCAAGCUUUAUUAUCAUUAGAUAUUUGUGAUGAUAAUCGACAAAUAACUGCAAUUAGUACGACCACAGCUGUAUCAGUUGCAGACUUACCUAGUGGUAUAACUGAUAGUCUUAAUGUAGCUGCGAAACAAUUAUCUUUACUUUAUGAAAGUGUUGUGAAUGUACCAACAGCUGAAGAAGAUGAAGAUUUUAUUGAAGAUACAAUUGAAAGAGAAGAUGAAAUAGCUAAUAGUUUUGUUAAACCAUGCUCAGGACAAGAAGCAGCGCAACAUCAAUCUUCAUCAACUAUUCCUAAAGCAACAACUCAUAUAACUACCAGUGGUAAUCAACAACAAAAGCGACAUAUUAUGAUAAGUUAUAAUCGUUCAUCACGUGAAACAUGUCAGAAAAUUUAUGAUCGUCUUGUGGAAAGAAAUUAUAAAGUUUGGAUGGAUCUAACGGAUAUGGGUGAUGAUAUACUUGUUAGUAUGGCUCGAGCUGUAGAAAAUUCUUAUAUUGUACUUCUUUGUAUAAAUCAAAAAUACUACGAAAGUGAUUAUUGUCGAUUAGAAGCUGAAUAUGCAGCUGAAAAUCGAAUUAAAUUUAUUCCAUGUUUAAUGGAAGAAUCUUUUCGUGCUGAAAGUUGGUUGGGUAUUAUCAAAGGUUCGAAUGUUCAUAUCGAUUUUUCAUUACUCGAAAACUUUGAUCAAUCAUUUGAAGAAUUAAUUCGUCAAAUAACAUAUGUUGAAAAAAAAUUAUCAUUGCAACCUCGUCGUACUCCUGCACCUUCUUCAAUGGUUAAUCCAAUGAAAUCAGUAACAAUGUCUACAUCACAUACAGCAGCAUCAACAUCGACAAAUGAUGUAAACUCUCGUCGUUUUGACGCUAUUAUUCGUGAAUAUAAAGAGUCAAUAAAAAAAAAACGACACCAUGUAGAUCGACUAAAACGAAACGAACUGUCAGGUCUUAUUGUUAAACUUCGUCAAGAACUAUUUACUGAAACGUCACAAGUAUUAUCAGAUAGUGAUAGAUCAGAUGAAGAAGAUGAAAAACAACAAAAUAAUGACAAUCAACUUUUAGAACAUCUUUUAAGUAGAACACUUGAUCAAAAUGAUUUAUUAUUAAGAUUAGUUGAUCGUUUAACAACACCACAACCUACCGAGCAGAAUAAUACACAUAAUUUAGAUGUGAAUGCAAUUUUGAAAGUGAUAUUAGCUAUUAUGCUUUUAUGGGCAUUAAAUAUAUUAUACCAUAAAGAAUAA